GGCAUGCGCAGGGAGAAUCUGGGUUUCGCGCGCUGAAGCUGUCUGAUUUGAGCCCCGCUGUUUCUUCUCCGUGCAGUGAUGAGUCUGUGGGUAGAUAAGUACCGACCUACCUCCCUGUCCAAACUGGACUAUCAUAAGGAGCAGGCGACUCAGCUGCGGAAUUUGGUACAAUGUGGAGACUUUCCUCAUCUGCUGGUGUGUGGGCCGUCCGGAGCUGGGAAGAAGACCAGAAUAAUGUGUUUGCUAAGAGAGCUGUACGGUGCUGGGGUGGAGAAACUGCGGAUUGAGCACCAGUCCAUAACGACUCCGUCAAAAAAGAAAAUCGAGAUUAGCACGAUCGCAAGCAAUUAUCAUCUGGAGGUUAAUCCAAGUGAUGCUGGUAAUAGCGAUCGUGUUGUGAUCCAAGAAUUGUUGAAAAAUGUCGCCCAGUCACAACAGCUGGAGACAAGUACUCAAAGGGAUUUUAAAGUUGUCCUGCUAACAGAAGUGGAUAAACUCACUAAAGAUGCUCAGCACGCCUUGAGAAGAACCAUGGAGAAGUACAUGUCUACUUGUAGAAUCAUUUUAUGUUGUAAUUCUACAUCAAAAGUAAUUGCUCCCAUAAGAAGCAGAUGUUUGGCAGUUCGUGUGCCAGCUCCGAGCAUUGACGAGAUCUGCACAGUUCUGUUUAAUGUGUGCAGGAAAGAAGGACUCUCUUUACCACAAGAGCUUGCUCGCAAGAUUGCAGAGAAAUCUGGCAGGAACCUACGAAAAGCGCUUCUCAUGUGUGAGGCUUGUCGCGUUCAACAAUAUCCCUUCAGCUCAGAUCAAGACUUACCAGAAACCGAUUGGGAGGUCUAUGUGAAGGAGACUGCCAAUGCCAUAGUCAGUCAGCAAACUCCACAAAGGUUGUUGGAGGUCCGUGGACGACUAUAUGAACUUCUAACGCACUGUAUUCCACCUGAGAUUAUAAUGAAGUCUCUAUUAUCAGAGCUACUCAAUAACUGUGACGGACAGCUGAAAGGAGAUGUAGCGCAGAUGGCCGCAUACUACGAGCAUCGGCUGCAGCUCGGAAGCAAAGCCAUCUAUCAUUUGGAGGCGUUUGUAGCAAAAUUUAUGGCCAUCUAUAAGAGAUUCAUGGAGGAUGGACUCGAUGCCAUGAUGUUCUAGUUUUAUAUCCGCAGGCGCGUUCUUGGACCAUGUUAGUGCUUCUUAAAUUCAGUCUUUUGCAUAAGUUUCUAUAAUACGGAAGUAAGAGUUGUGGAAGAUACUGCUCUAGUAAGCUCUGAAGAAGAGGGGGUUCUUAAAUCUGUGAUUGGUAUUUGCAAAUACAACACCUCUAUGGAGCCUUCAACCCGAUGACAGACCGACUUCCCUGGGGUUUGUUCUGCAGGAAGGUUUGACAGCCUCUUUAGAAGACUUCAUUGUUGAGAUGAGGGAUGGUGAAAAUGAUCGGUUGUCACUGCUGUUCUCAAAUAGCUAACAUUUGUACAGUGUGUGCUUUUCAUGAUGUGUUUUCUUGUCUGAUCUUCCAUGUCCUUGUUUGUGGAAAAUUGCUUUCUUGUUGAUAUAAAGUAUCUGCAGAGAAC